AUGGAACUACUGAACCUUCUUCAAAAGAAUAGAGAAACUGCUGCAUUAUAUAUGAUAGGAGAAGGCGCAGAUUUGACAUUUGUAGACCAGAACAAAAAUACAGCUCUCCAUUAUUCUAGUUCAAAAGGAUUUAACGUGGUGGUAGUGAGAAUUUUAGAGGAAAACACAUCCAUGAUUGAUAAACAGGGACAGGAUGGACAAACUGCUGUACACAGGGCAUUGAUGAAUGGCAACAUGGAGACUUUUGUGACCCUAGUUGCAUAUGGCGCCAAUAUCAAUAUAUUAGAUGGGAAAGGACAAAGUGGUUUUGACAUUGCUAUGAAGAGAAAAGACUUAAAUGCAGUUAAGUUGUUAUGCCUCUUUGGAGCUGAAGUCGCACUACAAGACUGGGUUCUUCUAUCUGGGGAUAUAAAUGGACUGGAUAAACAAGAUCAAGUAAUGUUGAAACAAAUUCAGGAUCAAAAUGACAGAUUAGCUGCAAUUAACCACGGGUCCAUAUGUUAUGAACUGCAUCACAUAAAACCAAAGGAUAACAUACAGUAUUUGUCGAGACUUUUCGUGGAUAUGGAUACAGAGAACAUCACUUCAAGCUUCUUUAUGUAUUGCGCUAAAGAAUCACCAGAAUUUACCAGUAGUCAAAUCCAGAAACAGGACGACGAACAUUUCUUUUCUGAUGUCUUUGAAGUCAUCGCAUGGGGUUCUAAACCAGACUUUAUUGAUUUGGAUUUAAGAGUUGAAGGGAGACCUCAAUGCAAUGAAAAAUUAAGAUUGUUAUCUAUAACAGGUGUACUUUCCAAGGAUAUCAUUAUUGAGAUGAACCAGAGUGACGAGCAAACAGUUAUCUCCGUGCAAGUGAGUCUAUUAUCUGAUGCCAAGUUUACCAUUGUUUCUAAGGUGGUACCGGAAAUAUUUAAUGUGACUAACGAAUCACUCUGUAUACAUCCAAAAAUGGAAAAGGAAGCAGAAAUCGCAAUACCGGAGGGUGCUUUUGAUUCAGCUGGCCAGCUGCAAGUAAAUAUUUCAGAAACAAAGGCAUGGAAUCACGAAGAGAAUGAAGUCGCCGAUCCUGUCUUAUUCACAAAUGCGAUCGAUUUGACUAUGAUGAACAACAGUCAACCGUUGAAACCUGUUAAACUUACAUUACCAGUACAUUCCCCAGAUGAAAACAAUGAUGACAUUAUUAUAUUAAUGUCCGAUAAAAAGGAACCUGCGGAAAAUGAAUGGGAGAUAUGCAGCAAUGUUGACGUCCGUGGAAAAUUUGUUACAUUUGAUGUCAACCAUUUAUCUGUGUAUGUAGCUUGUUCUAAGCAACAUAUGGGUAAAUCAAAAAGGCAGGCGACCAAUGCAAUCAAGAAGGAGGUACAAGUGGAAUGUUUUGCUAUGUUAAAAAAAGAAACGGACGUGAAACUAUCUUUAGUUAUUGAAUAUGCAUUGAAAAAUAGAGGGAAAAGUAGAAGAAAGAAAUGGAAAGACAAAGGAUUCUGCACAAUGUCAGUUGAAUAUAAAGAUUGUGUGAUGAAAGAGGGACAGACAUGUCAGAUAGCACUUACCGGAAACAUACAAACAGACAGCCUAAAACAGCAGGACCCCUUUCUCACCUUGAAUCCAAGAAAAUACAAGACAGGGAAUUAUCGAUCUUUUCACCUACUCAAAGAGACACCGGAAUCACCAUUAGACGGAGAAGUUUACAUUGAAAAACGUCAUGAAAUAAUAGACCAGCUUCAACAGCAGCCACAGGCAUCACGUGGUACAAACAAAGAUGCCCGUUUGUUUACCAGUUGCUGUCACAAAUCUGUGCAACAUUUUGAACCGGAAAUUCCGGUGAAAUAUGAUACGGAUUUUGAACUGGUUGUAUCAAUUUCAAUUGAUUCAAAUAACUUAGAUAUUAAACAGGAUGAAGUCGGUGUAGCCUUGGAUGAUCAUCAAUGUACAAUUCCAGUACUCCGAAAGACUUCACUAAACCGUAUCACAGCUAGUUUGACCAUAGAAGAAUGCUAUCAGUUGGGCACAAAUCUGCAUGUUAUUAAGAACAAAAUAGAACAGCUGGAAACUGAUGGACAACUAAAGGAAAUACUUAAAACCUGGAGAUCGGCCCGACCAAAUGAAAAAUUAGUUCACAACCUAUCUGGAGCCUUAAAAGAAAUGGAUAAAGAGGAUAUGGCAAACAAUGUGGAGGAAGCAUUUGAAAACAAUAUAGAAUAUCCCGAAUAA